AUGGCUUUUUUUAUUGCGACUUGGAAAGAACUAACAGAACAAUUUGAAGGCAAAAAACGUCCAGACAUUGCCGUGUACGACUUUGACAAUGGCAAGAAGUUAUUACUGGACAUAACCAUUGCUCAUCCUUGGGCUCAGAAUUAUAUUAGUCGAAGUUGUACAACAGCAGGGUUUGCAGCAGCAGAACGAGACCGUAUCAAGAACAACAAAUAUUGGCAAAUGUCUACUGAUCUAGGCUAUCUAUUUUGCCCAUUCUCAUUGGAAGUAUUUGUUCGUUUGAGAGAGUCAGCAAGAGAGACACUGAAGCAAGUGUCAAGAUUAGCAGCACCGUUAGCAGGAUACUCAACCGAAGAGUUUCUAAACGAGUGGCGACGCCGUCUGUCUUUUGUUUACAAAAAGGUCACGGAAUUCGAAUUGUCAUCCAGCCGCCGUUCAUUGGCUGAUGAAGCCAUUGCAUCAUCACGUGUACCUCUGGCUAACACCCUUAGCAACGGGGAAUUGCUACAACUACAGUGGAAUGGAAGAGGUGCGACUGACACAGACAUGGGCCAGACAUCAAAUGUCAAGGGUAAUGUUGAUCAAAUCAGUACAUCACCAGCAGUCAAAUCACCCGGAAGCAGAACCAAGGGUUGGGAAUUUCUUGACAACUUAGAUUUUGAAUCUAUUAGUGGGUCAAUUAUUCCAACUAUUUCGAACGUACCUAGGCAUCUACAAGCUUUCUUCAGGGAAUGUUGUGCUAUGUCUCUAGUGAAACUUUCAGAAAACAGCAGUGACCUGUCAGCGUGGAAACUAUUUCUUCUAACACCUAGGUUUCUAUUGCAACCAGUGACUCGUGGUGGCAAAUGUGGCAAGAAAGAACAUGAAAGCCGAUAUAAAAAGUUCAGAGAAUUGAGGUUUGACGAACUUUAUCACUCAUCAGUGCCUCGUCCUGACGAACGUCAAAAUAAGUUUGAAUGCCCUGAUUCUGAUAGUGUUAUUUCAUCUAGCUUGAUCAGAUCAGUCCGGUCAAAAGUGAGAAAUGGAGAAAUUUCUAGAGCAGGCAAUCUCUUAACAAGUUCAGGUUUGGCAACUACAUCCCUUGAGACUUUUCAGCGUCUACAAGAAAAACAUCCACAACGCAAAAAUCUUAUCUCUGAAGAACUAAAACACCACAAACCCACCUGCUCUCCAGUCCAAGUAUCUCUUUCUUUGUUCAUUUCAGUUCUCAAAAAUUGUCCGAAUGGAUCUAGUUGCGGUUUCAAUGGCUGGAGAUUUGAACAUCUAAAAUUAUUGUUAGAUUCUGACUACACCACGUCUCAUUUGCAUUCUUUGUGCAAUAGCUAUUUAUCAGGUUCUGUACCAGAUGUUGUGGCCACUACUCUAGCUGGCGCAAAGUUGAUUGCUUUGCAGAAAAACGUGAAUGAUGUCCGACCAAUUGCGGUUGGUGAUUCUUUUCGACGACUGACGGCCAAACUUGCAUGUCAUCAACUCAAGAAGAAGAUUUCGACUUUCCUUGCCCCUCAUCAAUAUGGAGUUUCAACGCCGGGUGGAGCUGAGCUAAUGACACAUCUCAUUCAGGCAUCUCUGGAGGAGCAUCCGGAGUGGAUUGUUAUUAAAACUGAUGCAAAAAAUGCUUUCAAUACUGUUGAUCGGUCUGCCUUUUUGUCUGAAGUUGCUUCAACUUUUCCGGAACUGUAUCCAUUUGUGGCGCAAUGUUAUAUUCCUCCAGCUAAACUCACUGUUCGAGUGGGCUGUAAAACACAAUUUAUACUGUCCGAGGAAGGUGUACAACAAGGCGAUCCUCUAGGACCCCUAUUGUUUGCCCUAGCUCUUCAACCAAUACUGAUCAAUGCAGCUAAAGAUCACGAGUCAGUUCUUACGCCUAGCUAUCUCGAUGACAGCAUGAUUCUAGGGCCAAAAGAGGAAGUGAUCAAUUGUUACAACAAUUUGAAAGUUCAACUAUCUAAAAUUGGAUUAGAAUUGAGAGAGGAUAAAUGUGAAGCUUUCUCACCAAUCGGUAUCCAUGACUGGCCUCUGAACAUUCCUGUACAAAAGAACGGCUUUGUUGUCUUAGGAACUCCUAUUGGAUCCCUGUCUUUUGUUAAAGAUCGGUGCAUGAAGCAAGUCAACACUGCCAAAACCUUCCUAUCAAAACUUCCUUAUAUUGACGAUACACAAUCCGCAAUGCUAAUCCUUCGUUACUGUGGAAUUCCAAAGAUUUCACACUUACUUCGAUGUGUUCCUCCAACGGUUACUGCUGAGGCUACGAGAGAGUUUGACGUAGCAAUCAUAAAUACUUUUGAGGCCAUCAUCGGCUGUAAGCUAUCUGAGCAACAAAGGGUACAACUCUCCUUUCGAUUCAGUCAAGGUGGAUUCGGUUUAUCUCAAAUGAGUGUUACUGCUCCAUGUGCUUUCUUGGGAGCUUGGGCGAGCACUCUACACCAGCUUCCUUUGAGAGUGCCCUCUUUAGCCUCUUUCUGUGAUACAGUCAUUACUCCAGCUAGGAUUUGUGAUGAUAGGGCUCCUUCAGUCUAUUCAAUCGCCGACCACCUGAUCGAUUCACUUCAGGAAAUAAAACUUUUUCACACUGAUAGACAAUCUUUGAUCUCUUCAUUGGCAGACUUGCCUAAUCAACCCUUCAAACUACAAUCCAGAUUGUACUCUCGCCACCUUGACACUCAAUUUCAGACCUUCCUGAAAGGCUGUUCAUCUGAAUAUGAUAAGGCAAGAGUCAUUAGCUGCGGUGGGCCUAUUGCUGGGAGCUGGCUGGACGUUAUACCAAAUACGCAGGAAUUCACUAUGAGUAACAUGGAUUUCCGUGUUGCUUCUUUGUUGCGACUUGGUGCUCCUCUGCCAGAAUUACAAGCGUUAGACAACUGCAUUCCUCAAUGUAAACAACCUCUUGACAGUAGUGGCUACCACAUACUAACGUGUAAAUGGGGAGGGGGAAUCAUUCGACGCCAUGAUCACAUUGCAGAUUGUUUAUACAAAAUGCUUACCUCUGUUGGAUAUCGAUGCAGAAAGGAGUUGCCAGAUCAAUUCGAUGGAAAACAAAGACCAGAUGUUGCUGUCUAUGACUAUAAAGAUGGAAAAAAACUUCUACUUGACGUUACCAUUGCUCAUCCUGCAGCUAGGAAGUACAUCUCUAAAAGUCAUUCAGUAGCAGGCUUUGCUGCUACCGAGAGAGAAAAGCAAAAGAACACAAAGUAUCUUUCUAAAUCUAGAGAGUUGGGGUAUCUUUUCAAACCGUUUGCAAUGGAAGUAUUUGGCCGAUGGAGUGAUUCAGCCCAAAAUUUUUUAUCGGAAACAUCAAAGUUCGCAGCUUCAUCUUUACAAAUAUCCAGCGCUGAGUUCCUACACAUGUGGCGCCGACGCUUUGCCACGUGUCUUCAAAAAGAAAACGUUUCCAUCAUGUCAGAAAAGAUGAAAUCGCUUGUCCCAAAGACCACUGUGGAUGCCAACUUUCGUCAGAAGCAGCCUGUCAGAUGCUUUGGACUUGACUUUAGUUAA